GUGGGUACUAGCAAAGCAUGCCUUGUUGUUGAUUUCCCGUGAUGUUGCAGUCCAAUCUCUUUAAUAAGCCAUGCAGUGGUCUGCACUUGAAGCUGAAGGACAGAUUCUUACCCUGGGAAUCCAAGCUGAAGUUAGCCAGGUUUGUGUGGGCAUCCAAGGGAGUUGUCAUACCUAACAAAGAACAGUAUGUCAUCGACUGGUUGACUGGUGCUCUGCUGAAUAAAAAGAAAUGGCAUGUAGUGGAUGAAAAUCUUCUCCCUAUGUGGGCUUUACUGGCUGAAUUACUUCAGAUCCUUGAGAGAGGACAAACCCAUGGUGUUCUGCUCAAACCAUCAUUUGUACAGACACUGACUGACAUGUUCACCACAACCAAUAAGAAUGCUGCUUACAAAUCAUGUCUUCGUCAUGUGACCUGUUGCAGUAGGAUUGUUCUUGAGACAUCAUCUUACUGCCAUGUAGUGGCAUCCAGGUUUGAAACUGUGCUUCAGCUAUUAAACAGCUAUGUGUUAAUGCUGUUGCAAAGGUUUUCUAAAGUGAAUGACAGUCAUGGUGAGGAUCAACAUUUGUUUCUGCAUGUGCUGGAUUUGCUGCUGACACGAUACAGUAUUCUACAGAGACAACAUGCCAAUCAAAAACAGGUUUUUCAUGCUGUUGUAGAUGGGGCUUUGGUGAACUUUGUGCUACUGUUACAGAGUCUCAGGUUGUCCUCUAAGAUGAGCAUAGCACAGAAAUUACAGGACAUUAUUAUGGCUGCUAUCUACCACAAGGAUCACCAGAGCCAGUUCUCACUCUACAUGUCCAUCUUACAAGGAGAAGCUGAUACAAAAACUCAACUACCUAAACUACAGGAGGAUAUGUUCAUGAAACUGAAGACUGCCACAGAAAAAUUGAUGAGCUGCCUUGAAAUUCAACAUCAACAGGAAGCAGUUCUUAACUUUAUCUCCAUGUUGUACGAGGGGUUCUUGGCUAGUAUAGGAACAUCAAGUACAGCAACACAAGGGUUUGCCAUGUUGAAGCACCUGUGCGACCAUUUUGGAAUAAUAAGCCAAGACAGUCCAAUCCCAGCCCAGAUGAGGAUUUCCACCCUGGCUUCAUUACUGGAGGUGAUACACAGGAAAGAUGUUUAUAAUGCUGUGACAGACAACAGCAGUGGUGGACAUCAGAUAAAAUGGCUGCAGGGACUGGUGGACUUUUUGCUCAGCAAUUUUCAGUCUGUUCCAUCUUGGUAUAAGAGUGUGAGCAGUUUACUGCAGAUCAGCACAGCCACCAUACAGACCAAGUUACAGCAGGUGUUUGAGGUGGGAUGGCUGAACACAGGAGACAUGCUUGACCCACCAACAACAGCAGCCCAAGAUUUGUUGUUCUGUGACAUCAUCACACUGCAUGAGAAGUUACGACGUGUGCACAAGUUGAUUGGAACAUUGCUGCAGGUGUUACGAGCACAUGAUAGGCAUGCACAACUUCCAGGAGGAUUUGUUGAGAAAUUUUCUCAGUGUGUGGCACAGUUGCCCCAGGGUCAGACUGUCGACAUAUGGGCUAGUAUUCAGGAUGAGGUUUCCAGCUUUUGGGUUAACAAUUUGCAUCUAGCCACCUUUCCAACUGUGUGUGAGUUGUACCACCUGUGUCUCCACCAUGCAAGGUUAUUUGACUACAGUGUCACAGGUCAGACCACCAAGAGAGUCAGCAUUCUCACAGAGGAGAUGAAAACCAAAAUAUUGCUGCCAAUGUUGGAGAAAAUAGAAGGGAAAAAGCAGGACAGUGUCUGGUCAUCUGUCCUUCUUUUGAGUCAUGCUUGGGGAGAUGUUUCCUUGUUGUCAAGCAUUUAUAAACAACAGUCCAUCACCAUGGAAACCAGUCUCCAUGGUUACCUCACCCAGCAACAGUGGAGUGAUAUAGCACAGAAAAUCAUGAAGAAAAAAUGGCCUUGUUCUCAGUUACUCAUGCAAAUGUUGUCUCUCCAGUCCCUAAGGUAUCAUCUUCUGUAUGGAUCCUCCAUGACAGGAAGUAGCACAGAGUUGCUUAGCAACCUGGCAGAAGAAAGCGUAUCAUUGGCUGUCACUAGCUGGGAGGAGCUGGAAGUAGCAGUGUGGGAUGGAAGGGUGCCCUCCCUGUCCAAGUCCAAUCUUCCUGUGGCACAGUGGCAGCUGGUGGUCUCCAACCUUCCUCUCCUGAUUCCUUAUCUCAGUUCUGCCACGAUACACAGACUUGCCAGCUUGAUGGUGGGAGCUGCACUGAGGGAAGAAGAGGACAGUGAGGGGUCACCAGUUAAAGCUAUCAGUGUACCGUUCAUGACAGGUUCUGUUUGCCAUGAGAUGGCACCACUGCAUGGGUACUUUGUGUCUGAAGUGUUUGCCAAGAUAGCCCAGUGCCUGCGCUCAGCACGAGUGCCAGGGGGAAAAAUUGUGAAGAAGAGAAAAUUGUUUUGGGACGAGUGUGCAGAUGUACUGGAUACAGCAGCAGUCACUGAGGCUAAGGACAGUGGAAAGGAGAACACUCGGGCAGUGGAGAAGGUGAACCAACUUUUGAAAGAAAGAUCUACACUUCCUUGGUUCAAGUAUGAUAUCAAGACUGUCCUGGAAUGUCUACAGGUUUUAAAGAUGAUGCCUAUAGAGCAUUUGGAGUCCAGUUUAAAGAUAUCCUGUCUGACCAGUCUGCUGGCCCUCAUACUGACCACACAGACUGACCACACUGUGAAGACCCAACCAGAAGACAAAGCCAUGUCCACUGCACUGUUUAACAGCUGUCUGGACAUUGUUGUCAUCAUCACUGACCAGUGGCCUGGAGUGUGGUCAGUGGCUCGUAUUGAGGUCUUGGAUGCCCUCUGCUGGAUCAUGACCAUUGCAGACUCUAAGAUUAUCAUGGGCCAGUAUGGCAGUGUGGAUUUCCAAGAGGAGCUUAACCAGAGACACCUGGUGGAGAGUCUGGUGAGAGGUAUCAGAACAGAGGAGCAGAUAUCACUGGCUAAAGAUUUGCUCAAGGAAGACAGACAAACACACAUGUGGUUGGUUUUCACAGAGAAGUUGACAAAACAGCUCCUCAAGCUCCUUAAAAAGCCCAACAUGGAUUCCACAUUAGAAAGUGCCUGCGUAGCGUGUCUGAAACAAGUGGAGUUUCAAGUAUCAAAUGCCAUCAAGGAAGCAGCGGAAUGCUCUGAAUGUCCCACUUUUGCCUUACGUCUAGAUGCUUAUUGUGCUUUACUACAUGGAGGAAGAUUGCAAGAAAACAAUGAAAACAUAUCUGCCAUGUGCCAGAGGUGUUUAAGGCUAUUAGAAGAGGAUGAAAGUAACCAUGAUAUCCUUCAGUCUUGUUUGAACUUCAUUAAGUCUGUGUCAGAGGUUACUAUAGAUGAAGAGCUUGUUGAUAGUGCCUGGAAAAGUUGUCUUACUUGCUAUAGAAGGCUGUUUGCCAGUCAGGAAUCAGGUGAUCAAGAAACUGCCAAUCAGGAAUCUGGUGAUACAAAAGCUGUCAGUCAAGAAAGUCGAAAUUUAAAAACUACCAAGCUGAAAUCUGGUGAAAAAGAAACUACCAAUCAGAAUACUGGUGUUGAAGAAAGUGAAAGUGGGAAAUCUUCAUUUUGUAACACUGGUAAAAUGUUAAGCAAGAAAGACGUGGGAGAACUGAAAACUUCACAGACAAUUUGUGAAUUUGAAGAAAAGCAGCUCCAGCAAGUCAGAGAUUUAUUGCUGGAAGUUCUAGUCACCAUGUUGCAAAAGUGUAGCGUAGAACAGUUUCAAUCACUACUCCAUGAUCUGAUGGCCAGGACCACUUAUCCGUUCACACCAUCUGUCCUUUAUGUGUGGACCACCCUGGUUGACAGAGAGCUGGAGGAGACCAAGCUGCCAAGCCUGGCAGUCUCAGUGCAAAAUCUAAACCUCUUGCUUCAGGGUGUGGCCCUUGAUUUGCAGACGAAGACACCAUUGCAACAGGGGGCUGGACUGCUGCCAGUUCUGCAGUUUGUAACUAAAGUUCUUUCACAGAAAAAGAUCUUCCUGUCCUCACAGUCUGUUCUAGUCUGCCUUCACAGCUGUCUCUAUGUUCCCCUCAAAGAUCUCCAAGACCACACCCAAUUCUUUGAGAUACACAAAGCAACUUAUGAUGUCUUGAAUGCUCUGCUGAUUGACCAUGCCAAAGUGCUGUAUGGUGCUAUACCAGUCUUCCAGCAAGCAGUUCGGAGCUUUAUGGAAGCCAUCUUGGAAGUCGGCUGGCAGAAACAAUAUGGCAAUUGCGCUGUAAGAGGUGAAGAGGAUGUGGUUGGGUGUGCUUUACUGGCCGAUAGACUUUUCUCACUGAUGAUCAGUCAUAAGUCAGAGUUCAGCAAGGUGGUGAUGUACCUGGUAGCAGACUAUGUGCACUACUUACAAAGGGGAACACUACGACCAGCUGUGAAAAAAGUACUGGUCAGCGCCAUGUGUAAGCUGCUCAGUAUAUGUGACCAGCACUCCAUAGCUGUACUGCACACUGCAUUGUCUCAGGGAGCCAAGGAGAUCUUUAAGGGACUGUAUCAGGAAUACGAAAAAUAUCACAAAUAUACUGGGCGGGUGUGAGAUGGAGGAAUUGGUUUUAGCAUUUCAUGCAAAUUGCUCUUACAAAGAAAUGGUUUAUGUUUUCAAGGGCCAAAAUUGUAAAUAUUAUAUGCUAGAAACUGUUCAAAGUCAGAUAUAGAGAUAAAUUAUGUGAUCAUAAAGAUCAAGCUAAUGAUAUGAUCAUAUGACUAUUUGAAUAGUGUUGAAACAUAAACUCUGAAUUCUCAGCCAGAAACCUAAAUGGGUCCAUUUUCUAAAGCAUGAUUCAUCUGGAAGUCAUAUGUUACUUACCCUGAG